AUGGUUCUCAUUUACCUGGGUAAGAAGAUCUAUCGGUCGAUCAAGGGUCCGGCAAAACCACUCCAACCAACAGCGGCCGAGGCAAAAGUGGCGGCGACCGGCGGAACAGUGGAAGGAGAAGCAGCUUACCAAAACAAGAACUGCCAAGCGACAUCGGCUGUGACGAAGAGCGCGAAAACCUGCGGCCAUCACUUUGACUCGACAUUCGGGCCUUGCCCAAAAUGCAAGUCGACCCGGCGAGCGCAGCUGCAAUACAGGUGCAAGGUCUUUGCCGGCUUGCUUCUCCCCUUUGUGGUCCAGGAUCUGGAUGUCACCAUUAUCGCAAGCGCGCUGCCCUGGAUUGCGUCCGACUUCCACGAGACGGGCCAGCUCAACUGGAUCAUCGCGGCCUUCAACCUCACAUCCGCGGCCUUCAUCCCCUUCUGGGGCCAGAUGGCGGACAUCUUCGGGCGCCAUGCCUCGAUGCAGGCUUGCCUGGUGUUGCUGCUCGUGGGCAGCGCCCUCUGCACGGGCGCGCCCGUAGCCGCCUUCCCCGUUCUACUUCUAGGUCGCGCAUUCCAAGGCCUGGCUUGCGCCGGGCUGAACGUUCUAGUUCGUAUCAUCGUCGCCGAUAAGGUUUCGCUACGCGAGAAUGCCAAAAACUGGUCCGUCUUCUCGUUACUUGGCGGUGUCUUGGGAUGGGGACUCGGUCCGGUUCUAGGAGGCUACAUCACCAGCGGCUCGUCCUGGAGGUGGUGCUUUGGCAUCAACCUGCCUAUCGCGUUCGCCAGCAUGCUCGUCAUAUACUUCGUCCUCCGGUCCGAACUCCUGGGCCCGCAGCCGAUCCCCCAGCUCGACGAGACAACCGACACCGGCCGACGGACGACGUUAAGAAAGCGUCUCCAGACGAUCGACGUUGGCGGGCAGGUACUGUUCCUAUUUGGCCUCGGUCUGUUGAUCCUUGGCUUGACGUGGGCCGGCGCAACAUACUCCUGGAAGAGCCCGGCCGUUCUCGUGACUCUCAUUCUUGGAAUCCUGAUCAGUGCCCUUUUCGUCCUCUGGGAGUACCACAUGACCCCCGCUAAGGCUCUGGCUCGCCAGUUCCCGUGGCAAAAGGCCAUGAUCCCCUGGGAGCUGGCCCGCAACAGAGAUAUCGGGCUCCUCUUUUACACCUCGUUUGCCACGGGAAUGGCCAUGUACUCGGUUCUGUACUUCUGCAACAUAUACUUCACCAUGGUGAAGCUUUGGUCGGCAGAUCGAGCUGGUGUGCAGCUGCUGUACUUCACCCCAGGGCUUGGUGGUGAGUGCGAACUUAUGAUGUUCGUUCAGGAUAGGAAACUGACAAGGAACCUCCCAGUCGGUGUGUACAUGUCCACCUUCAUGUGCAACUCGUGGCCGCGCAAGACGUUCCCACCCAUCUUCAUUGGGUCCGUCAUCGAGAUGGUCGGCAUCGCGUUGCUGGCAUGGGCUAUCUACACCGAGCAUAACCCGACCGUUUACGGGAUGAUGGCGCUCACCGGUGUCGGAACCGGCCUUCGCGUCAUGCCCGGCACUCUUCACGGAAUCGGCUUCUUCCCCAAGAGCAUCGCGGCCGUGGUCUCUCUCAUGUCCGUCGCCUACCCCUUUGGCGGAACGUUCGGCUUGACUGUCAUGACGACCGUCUUUAACAACGUAUCGGGCAUCGGAAACAACUCGCCCCUCCGAGACUUCACGACGCUCAAAAACCUGCCCGCGGCGACACAGCAGCAGGUCACACACGAGGCGAAAAUGGGCGUCGUCUGGGCCUUUGUUGCCAUCUGCCCCUUCAUGGUUGUCUGUACUGUCACUACCUCGUUACUUGGCAACAUAUCCAUCAGCAAGACCGACGAUGGCGAGGGCGGGGGAGAAAACAUCAUUUACGAAGGCGUAUACCUCCUCAGCUGGUUCCGGAAGCGUGAUGCCACAGUGAACAUAACGACUCGGAAGCACCAUUCGGGCGGAGAAGCGACAUUGAGUGAGUCUUAG